UUUCAGAAAACGACACGAGAUGAUGAAUAAAUGAACUAAAAAACCCCAAAAACACUUUAAAAAACACGCAAAAAUCCUUCCGAUCAUGGAUAUACAACAGCUUGCUACCAUCUUCUCGUCUACCUUUGAUCCUAAUCAUCAACAAGAAGCAGAGAAGAGGCUUGACGAGCUUAAAUAUCACCAAGGUUUUGUUACGAUGUUGGUUCAUCUCAUAAUGUCCAAUGAAAUUGUACCUCCAGUACGUCAAGCUGCAUGUAUUUACCUCAAGAACAUGGUAGUCAAGUACUGGAAGGAAAGAGAUCCAAAUGAUUUCCCAGAUGGGGACAUACCAUUCGUUCUUCCUGAACAGGAUAAAGCCUUCAUGAGGGAGCAUCUCAUUGAUGCUGUCAUUAAUGCUCCAGACUUGAUAAGAGUACAAUUAACAGUGUGCAUAAGCCAGAUGCUGCGGCACGAUUUUCCAGAGAAGUGGCCAACUGUAAUCGACAAAGUAAAUCUAUACCUGACCAGUAAUAACCAAGCAACAUGGAUGGGUGCCCUUCUCACUCUUUACCAAAUUGUCAAAAAAUAUGAAUUCAAGAAGAUUGAAGAACGACCCCCAAUUAUCACGAUAAUGGGCACAAUGCUGCCAAUAUUAUAUAACCACUGUGUAGGACUGAUGAAUGAUGAUUCUGUCACUGCUGUCUCCAUGCAGAAACAGAUUUUAAAGAUUUUCUAUUCGCUUAUCCAGUGCAAUAUGCCACUGGAAAUUAUUAAUGAACAGAAUUUCCCAAAAUGGAUGCAAAUAUUCCAGACUGUAGUUGACAGACCUGUUCCUGCUUCAGUACAACUCAAAUCAUGCUCAAAGUACUGGACCAAUAUCGACACAAGGUGUAUAUAGCACCGCGAGUAAUACAACAGACGCUGAACUAUCUGAGGAACGGAAAAAAAAUUACAAAGACCAGUUAGAGAACAUGCUAGUUCAACAUGUCUUCCCAGAGUUCACAAGCCCGCAUGGAUUUAUAAGAGCAAGGGCUUGCUGGAUGCUUCAUGUGUUUGGUGAGAUUGACUUCAAGAAUGACGCUAACUUGGCUAAAGCAGUAGAAGCAGCCAGGCUGUGCCUGACGGGUGACAAGGAAGCACCUGUCAAAGUAGAAGCUGCUAUAGCUCUACAGUUUCUGAUAACUGGACAAGAAAGAGCAAAGACUCAUAUUGAACCACAUGUCAGAGACGUUAUUAUUGAAUUGCUGAAGAUUAUUCGUGAAACUGAGAAUGAUGACCUGACCAGUGUCAUGCAGAAACUGAUCAGUACGUAUGGUGACCAGGAACAGGUGGCUGGAAUAGCUGUGGAUAUAGCUAAAGAACUGGCAAACACAUUCCUUCAGCUGAUAGAAGGUGAAGGAGAUGAUGAGAGAGCUGAUGAGCGCUCAGUCACGGCUAUGGGGAUCCUAAACACUGUAGAGACAAUGAUGCAUGUCCUUGAAGGCUCCAAGGAGAUUGUACAUCAGCUCGAACAAGUGUGUGUCACUUUAAUAGCAAGAGUUUUACAAACAUCUGCAAUAGAAUUUUAUGAGGACGUCUUCUCCAUCAUCAAUACUUGCACGUGCUUUGAAAUCUCACAACAAAUGUGGACUCUCUAUUUCAUGAUGUACGAUGCUUUUGAAAAAGAUGCCUUUGAUUUCUUUGCUGAAAUGAUGCCGUCGCUGCAUAACUUCAUAACAGUGGAUACCCCGGCAUUCCUUGCAAACCCAAAACAUGUGGAAAUUAUUUACAAAAUAGCAAAAAAGAUGUUAACAGAGGAUCCCGGUGAAGAUGACCAGGUUAAUGCCGCUAAGCUAAUGGAGAUAACAAUCCUGCAGUGUCGAGGAGAAAUUGAUCAGUGGGUUCCAUUCUUUGUUGAGGCAGCGCUUGAGAGACUAACACGCGAAGUGAAAGGCAGUGAACUACGAACCAUGUGCUUACAAGUG